UCUAACGUUCAUCUGAGCGGCUUUACUCUCACACAUGGAUCCGGUUCUCACCGUCGUCCUCCUGGGAAGAACCGGAGCCGGUAAAAGCGCUACAGGAAACACUAUUUUGGGACAAGACGCGUUUAAAUCACUGUCCUCGUUCGGACCAGUGACGACUGCAAUCUCUGAAAAAAGAAGAGAGUUGUUGGGCAAAAUGAUCAAAGUGAUCGACACUCCAGCAAUAUUGGGUCACGAGGAUGAGAUCAGAACCCGCUGCCAGGACGUCCUGAAGUCGCCCGGACCCUGUUUGUUCCUGGUGGUUGUGAAAGCUGGUCGCUUCACUGUUGAGGAGGAGAAGCCUGUGGACGCAGCGAUCAGAGUCCUCGGGAAAGACGGGAUGAAAACCUCGUGCCUGCUGUUCACGGGUGGGGACAAACCAGGAACAUCCCUGGACCAGUACAUCCAACAGGGCAACGGGACCAAACUCCCAGAGGUCGUGGAGAAAUUUGGAAACAGAUGUUUUAUGUUCAACAAUCUAAGUGAGGACAAGUCAAGUCAAGUCAAAGACCUGCUGGAGAAAACUGAGCACCUCAGAACCUGGUACCAGCUGGACCUUCCAUCACAAGGUAUCACAGUCGUUCUGCUGGGAAACUCGGGUUCAGGUAAAAGUGCUUCAGGAAACACGAUUUUGGGACGAGAGGCGUUUAAGUCCAGACCUUCUCUAAAACCUGUGACGACGGAGAUCAGACAGGAAACGGGACGGUGGUUUGGGAAGCAGAUCUCCGUGGUUGACACCCCGGGAAUAUUAGGAUCAGAGGAGCAGAUUAGCAGAUGGUGUCAGGCUCAUCUGGAGUUGUCCAGGCCCUGUUUGUUCCUGGUGGUGGUCAGAGUGGGCCGGUUCACGGAGGAGGACCACCGGGCCGUAGAGGCGGCCGUCAGGUCCGUGGGACCGCGGCGGUUGGAGACCAGUUACCUGCUGUUCACAGGAGGAGACGGUUUGAAGAAGUCGUCUCUGGACGACUUCGUCUCAGAAUCUGAAGGUACUUCACUUUCAGCGGUCAUUCGAAGGUUUGGAGGCAGAAUCCACCUGUUUAACAACAAAGACCCGGGACCGGAGCAAGUCGGAAACCUGCUGCAGAAGUCAGCUUCACAUCUCCUCAAGUCUGUGGAUCAGGUGGACCGAAGGCUGGUUCUGCUGGGUCUGUCUGGAGGAGGAAAGAGCUCAUCAGGGAACACCAUCCUGGGAUCGGCCCGGUUCAACAUAGAUUGUGGGUUUGAGGCCGGAGUGGGCGAGCCUGUGAGUAGGUCGGCAGCAGUGGAAGGACGCUGGGUCACAGUGGUGGACACGCCAGGAUUCAGUAGCAGAGACACAGAUUACACUCAGGUCAAAGAACAUUUCAGCACAAUGAGCCGUCUGUCUGCUCCGGGUCCACACGUCUUUGUGUUUGUGCUGAGGAUCGGCCGGAUGUCCAGAGAAGACUUCAUCCUAACCAGGUCUCUGCUAGAACUGUUUCACAGGGCUGCACCCAAACAUACCAUGGUUCUGUUCACCCACGGAGACGACCUGAAAGGUCGGAGCAUCGAUGAACUGAUCCGGUCCAGCACCUGUAUGUCUGAGCUGGUGUCCAAGUGUCAGAGGAGGUUCUGUGUGUUUGAGAACAGUCAGUCAGGAGACAGAUUUCAGGUCAGAGAGUUCCUUGAUAAAGUGGAUGACAUGGUUGCUGAUAAUGGGGGCAGGUAUUGGGGAGAAGAGGCUCCAUGUGACGAUGAACUGAAGGUGGGGAGCUGGUUGUUCAGAGAGAAGAUAGAUGAGUUAAACUUUUCAUUCUCCCAUACAUUGUCUGGAACUUCUCAGUGUUUGGACCAAGUUCAUAAAAAGCUUAAUGGCUGAUUUCAAGCUGUGUGAAUUCUGCCUCGACUGAAAUGUGUCUGACCGUAACGUGAUCCAUGUUGGACCAGCGCAUUGUUACCAGAACACUAGCUCUAGCAAGUUGAACAUCUGCUUCAACCUUCAGAGAUUACCUAAAGUUCCCUCUGUUAGUUUUCAGUGUUAUGCGACAAAUAAAAACAUCAGAGAUCUGUUGAACUUA